AUGCACAACGAAAAAGGCGUCGCCAGCGCCGAGCAAAGCGACUCAUCUGGUAUUUGGGAGCUUCCGAAAUCGGAAGUCGAGGAACGGCACAUCGGCGAUCCCUCUUCAUCAAUUGAACAUGACGCGGGCUUGGAAAGGGCAGCUCGUCGCAAAGUCGACCUUUCGGUCUUGCUGAUCCUCUUCCUCGGCCUUCUGGUCUUCCAGCUUGACCGCAUGAACCUCGCCAGCGCGCUGACAGGCGGCUUUGCAAAGGACAUCUCCAUAGAUCAGAGCACCAUCAACCUCGGCAACCAGCUGAUGUUUAUGGGCAUCGUGGUGUUUGAGAUUCCCUGCAACAUGGUUCUCCAACGACUAGGGCCGAGAAAGUGGAUUGCAGGCCAGGUAUUUGCCUUUGGUCUCACCGCGACGAUGCAGAUAUUCGUCAAGAACAGGGCUGGCUUUCUCGCGGCGCGCCUGUUGCUCGGCUUCUCCGAGGCUGGCUAUAUUCCCGGCUCCAUCUACACGCUCUCUACGUGGUACACCCCGAGCGAGCGCGCCAAGAAGGUGGCCAUCUUCUUCUUUGGCAUGUUUGGCGGAAACGCCGUCAGUCCGCUCCUCGCCUCUGGCAUCCUUCGCAUGGACGGCCUGCGGGGACUUCGUGGCUGGCAGUGGCUGUUUCUACUUGAGGGAUUGUUCACAAUCUUGGUGGCGUGUAUUUUCGUGCUCUGUCUGCCGCACAGUGUGAGCAGGCCGUCGCCGCUCGUAGGACCGGGUACCCUGCGACUUUCUGACCGAGAAAAAGAACUUCUUCACGAGCGUCUCGCUGCGGAGAAGGGUUCCGAGCAAGACGACGAAAAGUCAAUUGACUGGAAGCUCGUCUGGAGUGUCAUCUCACAUUAUCGACGCUGGCCGACGUUGAUAUCCUCAUUCUGCGUCUUUUCCACCUGGUCCCCUCUGACGACCUAUACGCCAUCCAUCAUCAUGGCUCUGGGGUUUGAGCGCACCGAGGCGAAUGCCCUCGCGGCCGUCGGCGCCUUCCUGGCCCUGGUCGUGGUCUUCUUCUUCGCCUACGUCAGCGACAAGACGAAUCUUCGCGGGGCCACCGUCAUUUCCGCGCAGGUCUGCUUCCUCAUCUGCGUCGUCGUCGCGCGGCAGGCUCAUCCCUUUGUCGGCCGGUGGUCGCGCUGGGGUCUGUGGACGGCGGUCAACGCCUUCGCGGUCGGCUACCAUCCCGUGUCGAAUACGUGGCUGCAGCUGAAUUGCCGUGAUAGGCGAGAGCGCAGCAUCGGCAUCGCGUAA